ACAACAUGACCGGUUCGGUGCGAGCGCUGGCCGCGAUCCUUGUUGGGAUAUUGGUGACCACUACGCUCCUGGUUGGCUCUGUGCGUGCUCAAACGGGGACCGUAUUUCCUGCCUCAGAAUUUACGUUCGGUUCGUUCCUGAGCACGCUGACGAUUUGCUACUCGAACUCGAUCAACUCGCAAGCGUUUCGUCUAACGCCACUAACGCGCACGUUUAGCUUCACCCCAACGACCGGACAAAUGCUUGUACGAUACAUCCAGAUAACGUCGCCCAGUCUGCACAAGUUCUACGCGCAGAUCGUGAACGGUGGUGUCGGUACGGCCAAUCCAACGCCGACCAACAUUGUCGUUUCGUCCGUGCACGGUGGCCAUUUGAAUGUGGCCGUUCGGAUCUACUGUGGAGCAUAA